UGAUAUCACUCGUAGGCUUCUCUUCCCUCGGCGAAGUGGCUUCGGAAAAGGCGUGCCACUCGAAGCGGGUGUCGUGUGCGAGAAGUGGCGCUUCGGAUUUCCCGGUGUUCCUUUUUCUGGUGGUGGUGUGUGGUGUAGUGUGCGACGUUACCAGCUGGUGCAGUGUGUGAUAGUGUUGUUCUUCAUGGGCGUGAGAUCGUGGAUGCUUUAGGAAUAAUCGACGAGCGCACUGUGACGCAAACGAGGCAGAAUGGUUUACCACUGGCAGAGCCACCAGUACCGUACGAGCGGGGUGGACGACAUGGUGCUCCUCACCAAGAUCACCGAGGAGUCCAUCGUCGAAAACCUUCGCAAGAGAUACAUGGAAGACCAGAUAUUUACCUACAUCGGCCCCGUACUGGUAUCUGUGAACCCUUUCAAGCAAUUGUCCUACUUCACCAACAAGCAAGUAGAACAGUACCAGGGAGCGGCUUCCUACGAAAACCCUCCUCACAUCUACGCUUUGGCGGACAACAUGUAUCGCAACAUGCUGAUCGACAGUGAAGGCCAAUGCGUCAUCAUUUCUGGUGAAAGUGGAGCUGGCAAGACGGUUGCCGCAAAAUACAUCAUGUCCUACAUCGCCCAAGUGUCAGGUGGCGGUCCUCGAGUUCAGCAUGUCAAGGACGUUAUCCUGGAGUCAAACACCAUCCUCGAAGCCUUCGGGAAUGCAAAGACGGUGCGAAACAACAAUUCUUCUCGAUUCGGUAAAUACGUCGAAAUCCAGUUCAGCAAAGGAGGCAUACCCGAAGGAGGACGCAUAUCGAAUUUUCUCCUUGAGAAAUCCAGGGUGGUUGGUCAGAACGCGCAUGAGCGGAAUUUCCACAUCUUUUACCAGCUGUGCUACGGAGCUACUCCGGAAAUGCAGAAAACUUUGGGCAUCAGUACCCCUGACUACUUUACGUACCUCAACCAGACGGGCGUCUACAAGGUGGACGGCACCAACGAUGCUCACGAAUUUCAAGAAACACUCAAAGCUAUGACGAUCAUGGGUCUGAGUGAGGAAGAGCAGACCAACUUUCUCCAAGUCGUCAUGGGCGUCCUUCACAUGGGCAUGGUGACGUUUGUGGAGAAAAACAACUACGCCGUCGUGGAUGAUGACCAGUACCUGCAAUUCCCAGCAUACCUGCUGGGUCUGGAAGCCGAUCAGCUGAAGACGAAGAUGACGAGUCGUGUGAUGGACUCUAAGUGGGGAUCCCGGUCAGAAACCAUCGAAGUCCAGCAGAACGUGGAGCAGGCCACGUACAUCCGCGACGCCUGGGCCAAGGCACUCUACGCUCGCAUCUUCGACCGGUUCGUCGAGAUUAUCAAUAAUGCGAUGCAAACAGAUGUUGGAGACCUUAGCAUCGGCAUUUUGGACAUCUAUGGGUUCGAGAUCUUCCAGAACAACGGCUUCGAGCAGUUCUGCAUCAAUUACGUGAACGAGAAACUACAGCAGAUCUUCAUAGAGUUAACUUUAAAGGCGGAGCAGGAAGAAUAUGUUCAGGAGGGUAUUCAGUGGACACCCAUCAGUUACUUCAACAACAAGAUUGUUUGCGACUUAAUCGAAAGCAAAUCACCGCCAGGAAUUAUGUCAGUCCUGGAUGAUGUCUGCGCCACAAUGCAUGCGACUGGAGAAGGUGUAGACGCCCAGCUCUGCAAGAAACUCAGUGCACAAGUCGGAACAAACAAGCACUUCCAAGGCAUCACCACUGGUUUUGCUAUCCACCACUAUGCUGGAAAGGUGAACUAUGAAGCAGCCGGAAUGUGCGAGAAGAACAGGGAUGUGCUCUUUAACGAUAUUAUAGAAGUCAUGCAAACUAGUAACAAUCCUUUCAUUGUAAGCUUGUUCCCCGAAAACGUGACAGGAACCGUCAAAGGUAGACCCACAACAGCAGUGUCAAAAAUUAAGAGCCAAGCAAACAAGUUGGUUGAGGCUCUGACUAAGUGCACCCCCCACUAUAUUCGCUGUAUUAAACCAAACGAAACAAAAAAGUCACACGACUGGGAGGAAGACAGAGUAAAGCAUCAAGUGGAAUACCUUGGCCUGAAAGAAAACGUGAGGGUUAGAAGGGCAGGAUUCGCCUACAGGCGAGCCUUUGACAAAUUUCUGCACAGGUACGCUGUCCUAACGAAAGAAACAUUCCCACGUUGGACGGGCCAUCCAGAGAAAGGCAUUUUACAUAUACUGAAGAGCGUGCACAUGGACUCGGAUCAGUAUCAGCUCGGAAAGACAAAAGUGUUUGUCAAGGCUCCAGAGUCUCUUUUCCUCCUCGAAGAAAUGAGAGAAAGGCGGUACGACCAGCAUGCACGUGUCAUUCAAAAGGCGUUCAGAAAAUACUUUGCAAGAAGACAGUACAUGAGGCUCAAACAACAGGCUGCCGACAUCCUGUGUGGAAAGAAAGAACGGCGCAGGUUCAGCGUGAACAGGAACUUCCUCGGCGAUUACAUAGGUAUGGAAAAUCGACCAGAGCUGAGAGUGCUCGUGGGAAAGCGAGAGAAAAUUGAGUUCUCGGAGACCAUCAACAAGUAUGACAGACGCUUCAAGUCGGUAAAACGUGACCUCAUCGUGACAUCGAAGGCCUUGUUUCUGAUUGGCCGUGAGAAGAUAAAGAAGGGAGCUGACAAGGGCCUCAUUAAAGAAGUUGUGAAGAGGAAGAUUGACCUUGAGAAUAUCAUGCAGAUCACAGUCAGCACCCGGCAAGAUGACUUUUUUGUGCUUCACGUGAAAAAUGACUACGAUAGCUUCUUAGAAUCUGUCUUCAAGACUGAGCUCUUCCUCGUCCUUAACAAGUUGCUGCAGGAGAAAUCUGGGCGUGCCCUCAACCUUGUCUUCUCGGACAGACUGGAGUUCAAGGUGAAGAAGGAAGGCAUGUUUGGUGGUGGAGCAACGAAAGUUGUGAACAUAGCAAAUGGACAAAGCGAUCAGGCAAUGUUGAAGACACUGGGCGGUGCAUUGACAGUUUUCAUUGGUCCUGGCCUGCCCAAGAGCACAAAGCCCAGUGCACGUGCUGUUACAAACAGGAAUCCCGCAAGCAGGGGACACACACCUGUAAGAACUGCACCGUCAGCAGUGAGUGCCGCAGGCGGGAAGAGGUAUCAGGACCAUACUGCGGAACAGGCAAAGACUACCCCUUCUAAUGCCCAGAAAACACUGGCUAAUGUCCUCGCAUCCAGAGUGUCUGCAGCAGCAAGUGGACCUACACGCCGAGCGCCCAUCCUGCCACAAAUGACUGAAACCGAGCGGGUAAAACGCUCAUCACUGAACAGAAAAACGGAGCAUGCUUCAUCAACGGACUACAUGAGAACGCCGGAAGCUGGUGUCUCCGGGGAACAACGGCGCUGUUCUAGGAAGGUGAAACCAACACCAGGAGCUGGAAAACCCAAACCUGCAACACGUCAGAAACCAGUAUAUCCAAAGUGUAAAGCGAUAUAUUCCUACGAACCACAAGACACGGACGAACUGGCACUGUCCGAGGGAGACAUUUUAGAAAUCGUCAAAGAAGAUGCAUCAGGCUGGUGGCUAGGGAAGCUGCGUGGCAAAGAAGGACUUUUUCCUUCAAACUACGUGGAACGAGUUUAGAAGGAUCCAGUGUUCCUUUGUGAUCAAACUGCGCAACAAAUGAGUUUCUUGAUCUCUCUAAGUUUGUGCCUUAAGACUAACAUUUUGUGAUACUUUGUACAUACAUUUCUCUUCUUUCAGUGUUUUAAAAAGCAAUGUUGCACUCAAAAUGAACAAAAAUUUAAAAAGAAACAACGGGCAAUCAUCAGGAGUCUUCUUCGUCAGAGAGAAGGCAACUGGUUUGUAGAGGCUGCUGCCCCCUAAUGAAGCACAGUGCUAGGGCGCAACAUUCCUUACCAGUGUGUCUUAUCGCAACUUUUAUUUGUGCUUAAAAUAAAUUAUGUUUCCACAGCA